AUCAAUAGCAUAAUGCAUGGAUUAUGGAUUUGGACAACCCACAAUUACGCGACAUUCCAAAGUCAACGCGCUGUCUGGUUAUUUACUCCCGGCCUAGAUUCGGAGUCACGUGGCAAGUGAAACCAAACCUCUGCCCACAUUCCCGGAACUUCCCCUCACCCCACCCCCUUCCCUACUGUAAGUCCUCUGGCUCUUACCCUCCUUCUCACGCCGCGGAACCAAAUCCCUGCCAGACAAAUAAAGGCCCUGGCUGCACUGGCCGCUUUCCCCCUCUCUCUAACAGCCAAUUCCCACCAGUUACGGCGGAGCCUGCCUCCAGACCCAGAACCAUGGAUUUCAGAACCCCUGACCUGCUGGACAUGUGUCUGGAACCUCCAGAAGAUGUCUUCUCAACAGGAUCUUUCCUGGAGCUGGGACUCCAAGGUCCACCUUCAGAGGUUCCAGUGACUAGGCUACAGGAACAGGGGCUGCAAGGCUGGGAGUGCAGUGUGGGCCACAGCUGUGGUCUUCAAGAGAGUGAGCCUGAAGAGUUCCUGAAACUUUUCAUUGACCCCAAUCAAGUUUACUGCUCAGAAGCAUCCCCUGGCAGUGACAGUGGAAUCUCUGAGGAUCCCGGCCAUCCAGACAGUCCCCCUGCCCCCAAGCCACCCAGUUCCCCUGCCCUCUAUGAGGUUGUCUAUGAGGCAGGGACCCUGGAGAGGAUGCAGGGGGAAGCCGGGCCAGCUGUAGGGCUCAUCUCCAUCCAACUAGAUCAGUGGAGCAUGCCAUUUACGGUGCCUGACGCCUGCGUGGCCAGUGAGCUGCCUCCUGAUGCUCACAUCCUGCCCGCGGCAGCUGCUGUAAACUCAGCGCCUCCCGCAGCCCUGCUGCCCUGUCAAACUUUGUUCCUGACAGAAGAGGAGAAGCGGCUGCUGGGACAGGAAGGGGUUUCCCUACCCUCUCACCUGCCCCUCACCAAGGCAGAGGAGAGGGUUCUCAAGAAGGUCAGAAGGAAAAUCCGUAACAAGCAGUCAGCUCAGGAUAGCCGGCGGCGGAAAAAGGAGUACAUUGAUGGCCUAGAGAGCAGGGUGGCUGCCUGUGCUGCACAGAACCAGGAACUACAGAGAAAAGUCCAGGAGCUAGAGAGGCACAACAUUUCCCUGGUGACUCAGCUCCGCCAGCUGCAGAUGCUUAUUGUUCAAACCUCCAACAAAGCUGCCCAGACUAGCACUUGUGUUCUGAUCCUUCUUUUCUCCUUGGCUCUCAUCAUCUUGCCCAGCUUCAGCCCCUUUCAGGGCCUGCCAGAAGCUGGGCCUGAGGAUUACCAGCCUCAUGGAGUGAUUUCCAGAAACAUCCUGACUCACAGGGACAUGACAGAGAAUCCUGAAAAUGCAGUGGAAGAGUCCAGACUGGAGGGACCACCUGGGGCCAAGGGUGCAAACAGCUCCACAAGGACACCGCUUGAGAAGGUGGGAGGGAGGGCAGGCCCCAGCAGGCACAUCAGAACUGUGUUACGUGCAGACGAAAUGUGAGCGGUAACACUUCCUGGCUCACUUCCAAUAAGGAAUCCAGGGCUCUGCUACUGUUAUGCUUCCUCCUGGGGUUCCCACUCAGGGCUCUUUGGCCUCAGGCGUCUGAAUCCCA